GUGCGUGUGGGACGUACUGUAGCGAAUAUAGACGAGCGAUCGCGCGUUCUGGCGCUUUUUGACGCGAAAGUUUGAAAACGCGCGCUUUCUUUUGUUCAUAAAACUUUUAAAUAAACUGUUGUUUCUGGAAGACUUUCUUCGUGGAUAUACGUUCGAUCUUCGUCUGUCAAUAAAUGUGGGAACUGAUGAAAUAAAACUAAACAACACGACAUCGACAACAGUGCUUUAAAAAGUGUGUUAGUGAUGUUCGAUAGUGACUAGACUUCAACGAAAAACUUCAGAAGAAACAAACAGUCAUGUUGCUGUGUGGCAAAAUGAGAGUCUUUCUUCCAAUAUUGAUAGCCUUCGUGAUUGUGAAAGAUUCAUGGGAAGUAACAAAGAUAAAGACAGAUCCAGCCACGCUACCCACAUUCAUUUCGUCUAGUCAAGUUUUUAAAGUUAAGGACCAGGAUACAAUAGUACUGCCUUGUGAGGUAGCAAACCCAGGUCCCUACGUCUUGGUAUGGAAACGGGGCAUCGCUGUGCUCUCUGCGGGAAGCACCUUAGUCUCCCCUGACCCCCGCGUGGCUCUCAAUCCCGACUACAGCCUGGAGAUCAAAGAAGUGGGCCCCCAAGACGCUGGCGAUUACGUUUGCCAGAUAGGAACUCUGGAACCAAGGGAGAUUACACAUACGGUGGAGAUAUUGGUUCCCCCUCGAAUACACUAUGUCACAUCCAAUGGGAGGGUAGAAGUAAAGAAAGGCUCCACAGUGAGGUUAGAAUGUAAGGCAUCAGGAAACCCAGUUCCCAAAGUGACAUGGUCUAGGAAGAACAACCUACUUCCUGGAGGGGAACAGACUACCACCACACCUAUUCUAACUCUGGAUAAGGUGGAUAGGCACCAGGCUGGCAUCUACCAGUGUGUAGCGAGUAACGGAGUUGGGGAUGAUGUGAAGGAGCAGAUAUUUCUUCACGUACUUUAUCCACCGGAAAUAACUGUGGAACGUCCGGUUGUUUACUCGGGGGAAGGCCUGGAAGCCCAACUAGUUUGCAUCGUGCACGGGGAAAGCCAACCUGAGGUAUUGUGGUACAGAGAUACGAUGCAACUGGACACAACAGAACGAAGAAUCAUGGAAUCCAGAGGAUCCAGACACACACUGGUGAUCAGGAAAGUCAAUAGACAGGAUUUUGGAAACUAUACUUGCGUAGCAGAUAACCAAUUAGGGAAAACCAGGAAAAGUAUACAGCUCACAGGCAAGCCACAUCCUGCUAAAUUCAACAGUCCUUCGACAGGAAGAUACAAGGAAAAUUACAACAUUAGUUGGCAAGUGGAGUCGCUGAGUCCAGUGGAAGAGUACAAAUUGUUGUAUAGGAGAUUGCCUGAUAUAGGUGUGACCAGCGAUAACCAGCCUCAGCCUUUGCAUCAUCAGAGUUUGAAGAAAUUCAGUUCCAAAGGGGAAAACAAGACUUCCUUCUCCACCAACGGCUUCGUCUACAGUCGCCCCACCAAAGACAGGCGCCUCGAAUGGAGGGACGUCAUUCUACCGGCCAGCCCCAUCCAACCCGCUGGAUUACAGUCCAUGAGCUACAUUAUCAGGGGUUUGGAAGGGGGACAGCAGUACGAGGCCAGGGUACAAGCGAGGAACAAGUUCGGCUGGAGCCCCGUUUCCGACUCGUUCACGUUCAAGACCACAGAGACAGACGAAAGUACUACAGACAACAGGCGAAUGUUUCAUGAACAUACCAGUGAAGAUGUCCAAAGCAUCAGGUCUUACAAGAAUUCAGGCACAAAUCUUCUACGAGGUAACUCAUUAACCUCCUUGGCAAUAUACAGUGUGUGCAUUUUAUUACUCCAACAUUAAUUCUCUUUUUAAUUCUAUUUUUGACUUUCUGUUUUAUACAAAGUGUAAAAAAACAUGUUCCAUCUCUCGUGGGAAGAUUUUUGUAAAAAUAAUAUUUAAUUUUCAUAUAAACAUAGGUCCGCUUCUGCUUUGUUUCGUAGCUACAAGGGGUUAAAAUCUUCAUUUUUUUUUUAUUUGUUAUAGUUUUCCUGUCAGUGUUUUAAGCGAUACGAAUGAAAUUUUGAGUGUAAAGUUUACUAUAACUGCGGCUCUAAAAAAGUAUCGACAUAUUUACCAGGGACGUGCAUAUAUGGGUUAUCACUAGAAUAUUUUAAAAAAAAACAUGUGCGUCACUGACUUUUUCUUGUCAGCAAAAUUGUGUAGACCGUUAAA